AUGGCAGUAAUCACAACGCUGUGUGCAUGAGAGACGCGAAAAAGCUGCUAAACGGCACCGGAAGUACUGCUUGGGUCCUUGAGACCAAGUACGCCGAAAGCAAAUCAGGAAGAUGGCUCAAAGGCUCCUAGUACGCCGGAUUUGGAUGCUCUCUGCAAAAGAGAUCCGCUGCCUCCCUGCAUCCUCUGCUGCUGUCGCCUCCGCUUCCUUUUCCACCUCCCUGCAGGCUUCCACAGCCCGGGCCUCCUUCCUCUCCCCGUCACACGCUCGGCAUCGUGCUCUUCCUCACGCCUCCCUUCGGCAAGUCUCCUUCAAUGUGCAGGACAACGAGGAUUUCACAGAGAGGGUCGUCAAGAGUCAACUGCCGGUCCUGAUUGACUUUCAUGCACAGUGGUGCAGUCCUUGUAAAAUUCUUGGACCAAGGCUGGAGAAGGCUAUUGCAAAACAAAAAGGCCGUGUUGCUAUGGCAAAAGUAGACAUUGACGAUCACACAGACCUGGCUAUUGAAUAUGGGGUGUCUGCUGUUCCAACAGUUAUCGCGAUGCGAGGAGGAAACGUUGUCGACCAUUUUGUGGGGAUCAAAGAUGAUGAUGAACUGGACUCGUUUGUCAGCAAGAUCAUUGGGAAUUAAACCAGCUUCCCCAGGCCUGUCACUUCACCACCGUCACGGUGCUGUUUUCAAUAAUUCUUUUCAAUGAUUCUGGCGUUGCCCAUUUAGUUUCUUGAGCCGCAAAGCCUCGACAACAGCCAAGCUGUGUCCGUGCUCACACCCAUCCCUCGUCUCACUGCUUUUGCCGUGUACCGUCUCCUCUAUCUCUCUGGUUCUUGUUUUAGUAAUGGGCCUCUGUUGACCUUGGAAGUAAACGCUGUGCACCUCUCUCAAGCACUUGCUGUCAUUAUUGACAGUUCUGACAGUUGUUCAAACUUUUGCAGGAGGUGUAAUGUGUAAUAGUUGUUCAUAGAACCCAAAAAUACACCACAGUACUGCUCUUAUAUUGUGCACUAUGCGAGAUGAGCAUUUAAAGUUUUAGUAGUAAAAAGGAUUUAACUUAAAACCCGAGACCUGAAUGAGGUGUUACACUGUUAACUGUAGUUUCUGCUUUCGUCCAUGCGAGGGUAGUGUUUCUCUUACAUGACCAAACCAUACAAAUGAUCGUUUUACACCAAUAUGCCUAGUAACAUGAUGGAAAAUGUGUGCGUUUGUACAUGUGCAUCUUUGGGUCCUGACUGUGAAACUUGCAACAAGCAGGAACUGCAAAUAAUUUCAUUUUCCUUUAUUACUGAAAUGAAAACUGUACUGCAAACAUGACCACAUGAAGUAAUAAAGAAAUCAAAGUAUUUUGCA